AUGCUCCUUUUGUUUCAAAUUGCUCAGCAUCAUCAACACGCAUGGCUUUUGUCUAGUCUGGCUCCUGAAGACCAGGGAAAAAAGUGCCUGGUCUUAGACUUGGACGAAACGUUGGUACAUAGUUCUUUUAAGGCCACUCAACAAGCCGAUAUGAUCGUACCAGUGGAAAUUGAUGGAACAGUGCACAAUGUAUAUGUGCUCAAGAGACCUGGUGUUGAUAAUUUUAUGAAGCGAAUGAGCAGCAUAUACGAGAUAGUAGUAUUCACUGCUAGUUUAUCAAAGUAUGCAGAUCCUGUUCUUGAUGUCUUAGACAUUCAUCGGGUAGUCCAACAUCGGCUAUUCCGAGAGUCCUGCUUCAACCACAUGGGCACAUACGUCAAGGAUCUGUCUCAAUUAGGCAGGAAUGUAACAGAAGUGAUCAUACUGGAUAACUCUCCAGCUAGUUAUCUGUUCCACCCAGCCAACGCUGUACCUGUCUCGUCGUGGUUCAAUGACCCUCAUGACAGUGAACUGAUUGAUAUGAUACCAUUCCUGGAGGAGCUUGCUACCGUACGAGACGUGACGGCCGUGCUUGACAACAUCGUAACUAAUGCACUGUAG